GUUGUUGUAAAUUGAACGUUUCUAAGUUUACACUGUCUUUAACUACACAUGCACGUAGACGCAGACAAACACACCCACUGAGGCACACACACUCACGCAGACACACACCCACGCGCUCUGUCUCAAAGCUUGAGAGAGAGAAAAAAUGCGCCACUCUUGGGGUGUCUGUCUGGAGAAAAAAGUUGUUGAGGCUGAAGACGAUCCAAGGAGAGAGCAUGACCUAUUGAAGUGACAGCGCCUGCUUCGCAAUUUCUAAUCGCACUGUAGCUAGAUGGUUGUAUGCGCUUAUAAGAUACAAAAUCAUACGUGGCAUCACGUUUUGAUCAGAUAAGCGGGAAAGAUAAGAUAUCUACCUAGCGCUGAGACUUUUUCCUUCGGGAGGCUGACAGCAACUUUAAUAUUUUGGACCUGGAAGUUCGAUGUCUCCGGUUCUUAUCUGAAGGGUGAUAAGCGGAACCAUCGGUGUGGAAUUUACCUCUUAUCCAGACAAGAAUAAAACAGGAAAGGGCGAAAGGCGCUGGUGUCUUCGACUACGAAGCCGUUCCCUUAAUUGCGAUAAUGGACUCCCACUGCCGCAAGCUUGCGUCAACUUGUGUACAAACAGAGAAAGACUCAAAGGGCCAGAGCAAAAAUGACGACUCUUCAGAUGACCCUUCUAAAAAGAAGCGACAGCGCCGACAGAGGACUCACUUUACAAGCCAGCAGCUACAGGAACUGGAGGCCACGUUCCAGCGGAAUCGCUAUCCGGACAUGUCUACAAGAGAGGAGAUAGCCGUGUGGACCAACCUCACAGAGGCCCGUGUCAGGGUUUGGUUUAAGAACCGGCGAGCAAAAUGGAGGAAAAGGGAAAGGAAUCAACAAGCUGAGCUAUGCAAGAACGGCUUCGGUCCUCAGUUCAAUGGACUUAUGCAGCCCUACGAUGACAUGUACCCCAGCUACACGUAUAACAACUGGGCCGCCAAAGGGCUAACGUCGGCCUCCCUGUCUACCAAAAGCUUCCCUUUUUUCAAUUCCAUGAAUGUCAACCCUUUGUCAUCGCAGACGAUGUUCUCCCCGCCGAACUCCAUUUCUUCAAUGAGCAUGACCUCCAGCAUGGUGCCGUCCGCGGUCACUGGCGUGCCCGGUUCAAGCCUCAACAGCCUCAAUAACUUGAACAACCUCAGCAACCCCUCUCUGAAUUCGGGAGUUCCCACGCCAACCUGCCCGUACGCCCCGCCGACCCCCCCUUAUGUGUACAGGGACACUUGCAACUCCAGUCUGGCUAGCCUGAGACUGAAAGCCAAGCAGCACUCGAGUUUUGGAUACACCAGUGUUCAGAAUCCGGCCUCAAAUCUGAGCGCUUGCCAGUACGCCGUGGAUAGACCAGUCUAAUACCUGAGAAUACAUAAACCCCAGUCACAAGAACGAUAGACUACCUUUUUUCUUUUUCAAAAGGGCACUAGAAGACUAAACCACUGAAAUGAGCUAAACCCUGCGAUGGAGCUUUAAACCUAAACGGAAAUAAUUAGUCAUUUUUUGCUAAUGAGUAUUUUGUUCUUCACCCGCGAGUGCAGAAUUUAGGAUAGACCUACUUUAUUUUCUAAGCGUGUUUAUUUGAAAGUUUCGAAUUUUGGACAUUAAUUGACUGAAAGGUUGUAUAUAUAUAUAUCUAAAUAUCAUCUCCAGUUUAUUGAGGCGAAUGCUCUUGCUCUCUUCUCAAGGUUAAAUUUAACAAAGCAUGUGGAAAACCCUAAAGGAAUAAUGUUUUGCUUGCAAACAAGGGAAUGUACAUACUAAACGCACCAGUUGUGUGUUUCUAACAUAUAAAUUUAUUAUUAAAUGUCUGUGUGAAUAUCGAUUUAGAGUAGCAAUCCUGGGUAUAAAAAGACGCAUCAAAGGUUCCUGCAAAAUGACAUUGGUUUUGCUCUGUGUAUACUAUUUGGUAUGGAAUUUUGUUUCGUUUUUUUCAACAUCAAAAAAAUAAACUAUUGUGUUUUAUUUAAUGGAAGUAAAUAUAUUGUUCAAAA